UCUGGAGCCGCCGCUCCUUCCGUUUUCCCGGCGGACCCCGCGCGGCGCCUGCGUGCUCGGUGACCUUUCCCUGUCUAGCGGGUUCUGUUGUGGCCUGUGGCCUUGGUCUUGCUGAGAUGAUUCAAAGCCUUAUUAAGAAUGUCUGGGUCCCCAUGAAACCCUACUAUACCCAGGUUUACCAGGAAAUUUGGAUGGGAAUGGGGUUAAUGAGCUACAUCGUUUAUAAAAUCAGGAAGGCUGAUAAAAGAAGUAAAGCUUUGAAAGGCUCCAGUCCUGCACCUGCCCAUGGCCAUCAUUAACUGCUCCCUGAGUCCACUCACGAUGAAUCCUGUCGGCUAAACUUAAGCAAGCUGUGUUAUGUGGGAACAUGGAACAUCGCUGUGCACUUACCUAAGUACCAUUUACAAUGUGGCAUUAAUAAAUGUAUGUGAGUAGUACGA